UGGACAUUAUCCUGCCAGCAGAGGACAGUGAGUGGGAAUCCUGUCGGGAAUCAGGGGAAAACGGAUUCUUUAGGGAAAGGUAAGCACAUAAAACAGCCCCAAAAAGAGACUUUGAGCUGAUCGCCGGGCUUCUGCAGCACUAAACCAGCUGAUCUCGUGGAAUCUGGGCUUACUUCCGUGUUUUCCUGCUUCUUCACAUCUGGACGUGUUUAUCAUCUCACUUGCGCUUUAGAGGAGCAUGCUGGUGGAAAACAGGAGCUCGAGGUUCUUCGCUGGUUUGCUGGUUCUCCUCCAGUCCAGUUCAUAUGUGACCAGUGCAGAUCAUGAUUCCAGACCCAACUUCGUCCUGAUGAUGGUGGAUGAUCUGGGCAUUGGAGACAUCGGUUGCUAUGGAAACGACACCAUCAGCACACCAAACGUGGAUCGUCUGGCGGCAGACGGAGUGAAACUGAGCCAGCAUCUCGCCGCCGCUCCGCUCUGCACUCCCAGCAGAACCGCCUUCAUGACGGGACGCUACGCUCUGCGCGCCGGUCUCGGCAGCACAGGCCGAGUUCAGGUGAUUCUGUUUCUCGCUGGAUCUGGAGGACUUCCACCGAAUGAAACCACCUUCGCCAAACUCCUGCAGAAGCAGGGCUACACCACCGGCAUCGUGGGUAAGUGGCAUUUAGGUGUGAACUGCGAGAGCAGGAACGAUCACUGCCAUCAUCCCAACAAUCACGGCUUCGACUUCUUCUACGGGCUUCCCUUCACCAACUUCAACGACUGCAAACCCGGAGCGGGGAAAGGCGUGCUGGUGGAUGUGCAGGAGACGCUGUGGCAGAUGUCUGCGCUGCUGGCGCUGGCGUCUCUCACGCUGCUUGCGGUCCGAGCCUCGGCUCUGCUGCGGGUCAGCUGGUCGCUCGCGGCGUUUCUGGCCGUUCUGUCGCUGCUGGGCUUCACGGCGUGGUUCGUGCCGUUUGAACUCCUGCGGACCUGGAACUGCAUCAUCAUGAGGAACGGCGAGGUGGUGGAGCAGCCCGUGAAGCUGGAGACGCUGAGCGCCAGGCUGAUGAGCGAAGCUGAGCGGUUCGUGGAGAGACACAAAGACGGGCCCUUCCUGCUCUUCCUGUCAUUGGCACACGUGCACACGCCCCUCUUUGUGUCCGAGGGCUUUACCGGAAAGAGCAAACAUGGGCUGUACGGGGACAACGUCGAAGAAGUGGACUGGAUGGUGGGUAGAAUGAUGGAGACCAUUGAAAGGCUCGGCCUGUCCGAGAAAACCUUGAUGUACUUCACCUCUGACCACGGCGGCCACAUCGAAGAGGGUCCGAAAGGAGGCUGGAAUGGAAUCUAUCGAGGUGGUAAAGCCAUGGGCGGCUGGGAGGGAGGAAUCCGAGUUCCGGGAAUAUUCCGCUGGCCUGGACGUCUCAACCCGGGACGAGAAGUGGCAGAACCAACAAGUCUGAUGGAUGUUUUUCCCACAGUGGUGAAGCUGGCAGGCGGAACGCUGCCAGAGGACAGGAUCCUGGACGGCCGUGAUCUGAUGCCUCUGUUGGAGGGCAGAACGAACCGCUCGCAGCACGAGUUCAUGUUCCACUACUGCGGCAUGUACCUGAACGCUGUACGCUGGCACCCUCCCGACAGUGACUCCAUCUUCAAGGUUCAUUUCUUCACACCAAACUUCUCUCCAGCGGGAGCCGUCGGCUGUUACGACACCAGCAUCUGCAUGUGUCACGGGGAGUUUGUGACGUAUCACAGCCCUCCGCUGGUGUUCGAGCUCAGCGGGGAUCCAUCAGAGAGCCGUCCGCUCUCACCAGACACUGAGCCGCGGUUGGCAGAGGUGCUGGAGCGGGUCGAACGGGCCGUGACGGAGCACCGCAGAACUCUGACGCCGGUGGAGAGACAGCUGACGUGGGCAAAGGUCCUGUGGAAGCCGUGGCUGCAGCCCUGCUGCGGAACCUUCCCUUUCUGCUCCUGCGAGGAGAGCAACCACACGUCUGCAGGAGCAGAGUGAAGAAACGGACGCCACAGGAGAAAAACAUUCAAAAAGACAACUGCAACUUUUUCUCUCACUUGCAAGUUUAUAUCCCACCGUUCAUCAUUUUUGCUUGCAAUUCUGACUUUUUUCCCUCAGAAUUGCAAGUUAUAAAACUGCAAUUGUGAGUUUUUAUAUAUUGCAAUUUUGACUUCAGGG